AUGGGUGGACCAAGUGCCAAGACUUAUAUGGGAUGGUGGGGUAGCAUAGGCUCCCCGAAACAAAAGGGAAUUACCUCUUACGCCGUUUCCCCUUACGCGCAAAAGCCUUUGGCUGGAAUAUACCACAACGCUCUUUUCAACACUUUCAGAAGAGUCAAGUCCCAAAUUCUGUUCGUAGUGCUUCCAGCUGGCAUGUACUGGAUGUGGUGGGUUAACUGCAGAGACUACAACGAGUACUUGUACACCAAGGCCGGCAGAGAGGAAUUGAAGAGAGUUAACGUUUAA